UACGCACGCAACGUAUUCAAACGCGCGCGGCAGGAUCCGAGGUGUAAAUUCCAUGUUUACGUGGCAUCUGCGUUGAUGGAGUAUUAUUGUAGUAAGGAUACGGACGUGGCAAUUCGGGUGUUUGAUAUGGGAUUGAAGAAGUAUGGUGACGAGCCGGAUUACGCAUUGGCUUAUACUGACUUUUUAUCGCAUUUAAAUGAAGAUAACAAUACGCGAGUGGUUUUCGAGAGGAUAUUAACGUCGGGAACGAUGCCGCCGGAGAAAUCGCUGUGA